CAGCCUCCUAGCAGACACCACUUCGUUCACAUUUUUGUGGGACUGAGAACCGGUCUUUGUUGGAAGUUUGUUUCCCCGCUCCCUUCUUUCCAACCUCCCGAGUUGCCCGAGGUUUUGGGAUGGCAUCGCGCAUUCUGCGCCCACGACUCACGCUCCUGCUGUGGCUGAUCUCCACGGCGGCGUGCAACACGUUUAUGUCCACCGAGGAGCCUUCUGACACGGGCGCCAAGUCGGACGGCUACUGCAGCCGCAUCCUGCGGGCUCAGAGCGCCCGGAGGGACGGCAACACCGAGUUCAGGCUUCGCGUGGAAGGGGAUCCCGAGAGCUACCAGCCGGGGAGCACCUACAGAGUGACUCUUUUUGCGAGCAACCCCUCCUACUUCAGAGGCUUCACCCUCAUCGCCCUGAAGGAGGGAGCAGUGGGAGACAAGGAGGACGACUACAUUGGAAAUUUCCAGAUAAUCGAUGAAGAGGAAACUCAGUUUAUGAUCAACUGCCCGCCUGCAGUGACAGAGGGAACACCUCGGCGACGCACCAGCAUCCAGGUGUUCUGGACUGCGCCCCCUAGCGGCUCUGGCUGCAUAUUCCUCAAGGCAAGCAUUGUGCAGAAGAGGAUCAUCUAUUUCCAGGACGAAGGCUCACUCACUAAGAAGAUGUGUGAGAAAGAAUUCCUGUACGGUGAUGCUACAGACAAACCCCUGCUUGACUGCUGCGCCUGUGGAACGGCCAAGUACAGAGUCACCUUCUAUGGGAACUGGUCAGAGAAGAUUCAUCCAAAAGACUACCCACGUCGUGCCAAUCACUGGUCGGCUAUCAUCGGCGCAUCCCACUCAAAGAACUAUGUGCUGUGGGAAUACGGCGGCUUGGCCAGUGACGGCGUCAGGCAGGUAGCUGAACUGGGAUCCCCAGUCAAAAUGGAAGAGGAGAUCAGACAAAAGGGUGAUGAUGUGCUGACGGUCAUCAAGAUGAAAGCGCAGUGGCCGGCUUGGCAACCACUUAACGUGCGGGCUGCGCCGUCAGCGGAGUUCUCGGUUGACCGAACCCGUCACCUUAUGUCCUUCCUGACCAUGUUGGGGCCCAGUCCCGACUGGAACGUGGGUCUGUCUGCAGAGGACUUGUGUACCAAAGAGUGUGGAUGGGCUCAAAAAGUGGUCCAGGAUCUCAUCCCUUGGGAUGCAGGGACUGACAGUGGAGUGUCAUAUGAGUCCCCCAACAAGCCAACUGUGCCCGAAGAUAAGAUCCGUCCUCUGACCAGUCUGGACCACCCUCAGAGCCCUUUCUACGACCCCGAAGGAGGAGCCAUCAGUCCUGUGGCCAGGGUCUUGGUGGAACGUAUUGCCAGAAAGGGGGAGCAGUGCAACGUUGUGCCAGACAACGUGGAUGACAUCGUGGCAGAUAUUGCACAGGAGGAGAAAGAGGAAGAUGACACCCCCGAGACGUGCAUCUACUCCAACUGGUCUCCGUGGUCAGCCUGCAGCUCGGCUACUUGCGAAAAGGGCAAGCGGAUGAGGCAGAGGAUGCUGAAGGCCCAGUUGGAUCUCAGCGUUCCCUGUCCGCACACGCAGGAUUUUGAGCCUUGCAUGGGCCCGGGAUGCAGCGAUGAGGAUGCAUCCACUUGCAUGAUGUCGGAGUGGAUCACAUGGUCUCCGUGCAGCGUCUCAUGCGGCCAGGGCACACGUUCCAGGGAACGUUACGUGAAGCAAUUCCCGGACGACGGCUCAGUAUGCACCCUCCCCACGGAGGAGACCGAAGAUUGCGUUGUCAACGAGGAAUGCUCUCCCAGCAGCUGUCUGGUCACCGAAUGGGGGGAAUGGGACGCCUGCAGCGCCACUUGCGGUCUGGGCAUGAAGAGAAGGGAGCGCAUGGUGAAGAUGCCGCCUGCAGAUGGUUCCAUUUGUGGAGCUGAGGUUCUGGAAGUGGAGAAGUGCAUGAUGCCAGAAUGUCAUACAAUCCCGUGCAUGCUGACUACGUGGUCUGACUGGAGCGACUGCAGCGUGACGUGUGGGAAGGGUGUACGAACACGCCAGCGUAUGCUCAAGUCGCCCGUUGAGUUAGGAGACUGCACCGAAGAGUUGGACCAGGUGGAGAAGUGCAUGCUACCGGAAUGUCCCGUAGACUGCGUCAUGUCCGAGUGGAGCGAGUGGACAGAGUGUAAUAAGUCCUGCGGGAAAGGUCACACAAUCAGGACGCGCACGGUGAAGUUGGAACCUCAGUUUGGAGGGGACCACUGUCCAGAAAGCAUCCAGAGGAAGAAGUGCAAGGUCAGGAAGUGCACCAGAGGAGGGCAGGCCAACAGCCACGAAAAGAAACGACGCAAGGAGCAGCGAGAAAAAAGGAGGAGCAGACAAGGCAGGACUGAGGUCGCCUCUGAGCAUCCAGGAUGUAAAAUGAGGCCAUGGUCAAGUUGGACAGAAUGUACCAAAGUGUGCGGUGGAGGCAUUCAAGAACGGCUAAUGACUGUGAAGCAAAGGUUCAAGACCGCACAAUUGUCCAGCUGCAAGGACAGGAAGGAGAUCCGAGCUUGCAACGUGCACCCCUGCUAAGGGGAGGGAGGGAUACAUGGGACGGCAUUAGGGGAGUGAGAACAAGACCAGGCAUUCUUAUGUUGUCACAUGAUGGUCUCAAGAGCACUCUAUUUAGCGCUCUGAUGGCACUCUAUUGUCAUACAGUGCAGUACACCACACGUCUACUCGUAAAUUCUGUUCACUUUUGAUGUUUCUGAGAGGGGGCAAUGACGAGGGUGGGAGGGGUGGUAUAAAGUUCUAAUAAUGCCCCCUGCUGUUCUGUUCACUUUCCCAAGGACUUUUUUUUUCUGGGGCGUUACAACACUGGCAAUGCAACCAAAUCAUUUUUUUUUUUUCAUGUCUUCCUCUUGCUUUUCAAAUUAUCAUCAGAAGACGAACUUGCCAAUUAAACUAGAACGAUUCUUCUGUGCUGUAGCUCUGAUACACUUUUUUGCAAGAUUACUGUUGAUGUGGUACAGUACAAUAUAUCUCGGAACCAUACUGAAUUUCUUUUAUAAAUAAAUACGCAUUAUAGCUUGUAGUAUCCGUAGUGUGACACUAUAGUAAUUUAAAGCCCAGGUGUUCAGCCAUUCCAGUAUUUUUUCCACUGCGUUCUGUUGUUGUUUUAGGGUCACACCAUAAUGAUUUUUUUUUUUUUAAACCAGCAGUGAUGUUUGGUGGAUCCAUCAAAGUGAAAUGGAUAUAAUUGAACAUUCUUAAGUAUUUAGAUUGUUUCCCCCCUGUGAAUCUUUUUAAAAGAAUGUCUUGAGAUUCUUACCAAAGUGUUGUGUAGAUGUUUUUAAGAUCCUUUCCUCU